CCUACGCCUCCCCCCUCCUCUGCCGCCAGCUCAACUCGGCAGCGUGAGCGAGCCAGCCAACCACGCUUCAUGUCGUGUAAGUGGCCGUCUCACUGCCUUUGACCAACAGCCUUUGAUGUAAUUAUGCGCUCAACUGCUUGCGAGCACCCCCUCCCCUCCCUCCCGGUGCAUGUGGCCCUCGACCCGACUCACAUAUACAGAGACGCCCGCCCGCUCCAACCUCUCUCAAGAGCCGACCGGGUCCCCCAAGUGAACUGCGCCAUCCGCGCACAUGUCGAGGGCCAUCGCCAACAGCCCUAGAACCGCAUCGCAGCUAUUGCCCCGCUCCAGAAUCAAGAUGCCGUCCUUUACUCUGUACAGCGCCCGUGGCUCGACCAACGCGGAUCGCAUCCGUCUGACGCUCGCUGAGGGUGGUUUCACGGAUUACGAGGUCGUGCUCCUCAACCUCGCACAGCGCGAGCAAAAGUCCGAAGAAAACAUGCAGCGCAACCCCUGGGGCAAGGUCCCCGUCGUCACGUUCCCCGGCGGCUUCACCUUGUACGAGAGCCGCGCCAUCUGCAAGUACCUGACGAGGAAGUACUCAUUCCCGCUGCUGCCGGCAGACUCCGACAUCGAUGCUGUGGCGCUGUUUGAGCAGGCGCAGUCGGAGGAGAUGUUCUACUUCGCCGACCCCGCGGGCAAGAUUUCCUUUGAGAAGUUUGCCAAAAAAUUCAUCGGGCUGCAUGUCGACGAGGCCGUCGUCUCGAGUGCGCUCAAAUCUGUGGAGGCUUUCUUCGAUGUCGCAGAGCGUCGGCUCUUGCAGCGCGGGGAUUACAUGGCCGGCAGGGAGUUUACGCUCGUGGACAUAUUUUACAUUCCGCUGAUACAACGGCUCUUUGCGUGCGGGUAUGGGGACGUGAUCCUCGAGCGCGGAGCUGUGAGCGCUUGGUGGGAUCGCGUUACGAAUCGACCGGCCAUUAAGAAGCUCUUGGCGGCUGACAGGGAUGCCAUAACUGCGGCAGCGGCUGCGGCUGCAGGGAAGUAGUGGUAGAUGAUGAGGGACGAGUUACAGCGGCCAUGCAUGGCACUUUCUCAUAGAGUUCUUGGUGUGUAUCCUCCGUCGGAGGGAGCCAAGGAGGACCCGCGACAGCCUCAGCAGGACGCUACUGCGAGUCGUGUGCCCGCGGCCGGUGGAAAAGGUAGCCUGCCAAAUUGCGACAAGGGUCGCGAAAGAGAGAUAGCACCAUGUGUUGAGAAUGCUACCGUAUCAAAUCGGCAUGAGCCCGGCGCCACGUAGUGCGCGUGCGUUGUCUUCAUGUCUCAUUAGCUGGGCGAAGUGGAC